AUGUCACCCCCAAAAGGAACUAUAAUAACCUAUUUGCAUCCCAACUAUGAAGGUGUUGCAUUUGAAAUGAAGGUGCCAGUAAGACAUUCAAAUGCAAAUUUUGAAAUUAGAUCGGUAAAGGUUGGUCCAGAGACAACUCUUUGUGUAUCGGAAAAAUCUGGAAAAGUUGUUAAAUUCAAGAGUGGUGAUCAUCCAGAGAUUCGUAUUCCAUACGAGUCUAUCCUCCAAGGUAUUGAUGUAGUCUUUGAAUUUUCAAUUGAUAUUCGUUUCAAACAUUCAAUUGCUUCGGAACCAGCUGAUAACUAUGACCUCACCAUCAAACCACUCCAUUUUGACAACACUGUCAUUCAAUCUGGUGGUGAUUAUGUUGGCGUUCAAAUCCCUAAACUAAGUCCACCCGAUUCUUUGAUCGUCUCUCAAAUCUCGGUACGUGAGAAACCUUGGCCACAUCAAAUCGUUGCCAAUGGUUCGGUCUACUUUAAGUAUAACCCAGUCAACCACGAUAUCUCAUUCCAAAUCACUAAUGGCUUGCCAGCUAACAUAUCAAUCGUAAAAGAUGAUAUUUGGGGAUUUACAAUCUCUUUAAACUCAAUAAAUAAAUAA